AUGGACACCAUCUUGGUUUUCAGCCUGAUCAUUACAUCCUAUGAUGCUACCAAGAAAGAACUCAGGGAUAGCAGCUGCCAAGUGGGAUCACUGCCCAAUCUCUUCCCAAAGGAUGUGAGAAGCAUCAGAGCUGAGCUAAUUCGAGAAGCUCAGGCAGAAGCCAAAAGGCCCACAUUCGUCCAAAACCAGACUGUGGCUACCUUGCAGUGUCUUGGUUCUGGGAGCAAAGUGAAAGUUAACCUUGUACAUUCAGGAAAAAGGCAAAAGGUCAAGCACAUUCUGAAGAACCUGAGAGUCAUGACUGUUCCCUGCAGAAACACCACGGCCCCCGCAAGCUGUCACCUAACCCCCGCAGCCAAGGUUCAGGCUGGAUUCCUUGUGACGGGCAAAGAGUCAAUGUCAACAAGUCAGAAAGCUAUGCCAGUGCCAGCGGUUGUGGAGAAGGCCAAGGAAGGAAGACCAGCAACCUGGGACAGCUGA